AUGAGCAUGAGUUACCUGUUUUCGGUGUUUAUGCGGGAGCUGCCUGGAUAUGUUCUCUUUGCUGGGAUCUUUAUGCCUGUGACUUUACUCCUGCUGAUGUUAAUUGCCUACUUCAGGAUCAAAUUAUUAGAAGUUGAUGAGACACUAGCCACGGCACAAGCCCCCACAAAGUUCCUCCUGAAUUACCAUCACCAGUGGCAGAAACCAAGGAGAUUUAGACAAAAAGAGAAAAAACAGAAGAACUGA